ACUCGUGAAAAAUGAGAAAUUGUUAGAAAAAUGUCGCGAAAUCUCUCCCCGACGCAGCAGAAGAUCGCGGAGAAACUCUCCAUCCUCAACGACAGAUGUGUGGGAAUACUGACGAGGAUUUAUAACAUCAAAAAGGCCUGUGGCGAUGCCAAAUCAAAGCCUGCAUUCCUCUCAGACAAGAGCUUGGAAUCAUGCAUCAAACAUAUCGUCAGGAAGUUCCCCAACAUCGACAGCAAAUCGCUGCAAGCCCUUACCAAUGUACGGACUGAUAUUAUGAAGUCCCUCUCCCUCUACUAUUACACAUUUGUCGACCUCCUUGACCUGAAGGACCAUGUGUCAGAAUUGCUUACCAUUAUGGAUGCCUUGGCCAUGGCUGACUCCUUGGACAUUAAUGUGAGCUAUGACUUGACAAAAGGCUACCUUGACUUGGUAACAAAUUAUGUAACUCUGAUGAUUCUUCUGUCGAGAGUAGAGGAUCGGAAGGCUGUUUUAGGACUCUUUAAUGCAGCUCAUGAAAUGGUUAACAACCAAGGAGAUCCAAGUUUUCCUCGUUUGGGCCAAAUGAUUAUGGAUUAUGAAACGCCACUGAGAAAGCUGAAUGAAGAGUUCGUGCCUCAUGCCAAGCUCCUCUCAGUGGCUCUCAGUUCACUCUGGGUGUUGUAUCCUCGGAGAAACCUCCGAGCAGACCAGUGGAGGGCAGCACAAAUGUUAAGUUUGGUGAGCACACCAAGUCAGCUUUUGAACCCUGCUCAGACUGAUGUCAUGCCGUGUGAAUAUUUGUCAUUAGAUACUAUGGAGCGCUGGAUCAUCCUUGGGUACAUGUUGAUCCCACAGACAUUGCAAAAACAAGCAGCCCUUGAAUGUUGGGCGCAAGCCCUACAGACAGGAUGGGUUAUUACACUUUUCAGAGAUGAAGUGUUGCACCCGCAUUCUUAUAUCCAAUCAUACCUGGAGACUAAAAAAGAACUCAGUAAACGAACAUCUGAUGUAAAGGAGAGUUAUUCUCAUGCUGUAACACAUGCGCCACUCAUGCACAGAGAACGCCGAAAGUACCUACGCACAGCUUUGAAAGAGCUCGCCCUGAUCCUCACAGAUCAGCCAGGACUGCUAGGUCCAAAGGCUCUCUUUGUCUUCAUGGGCCUUAGCUUUGCCAGAGAUGAAGUAUUGUGGCUGUUGCGACACCAUGAGAACCCACCUCUGCAGAAGGUCAAGGGCAAGACUGCUGAUGACCUAGUAGACCGACAGCUUCCUGAACUGCUUUUCCACAUGGAAGAAAUUAGAGCUCUAAUCAAGAAAUACUCUCAGGUGCUACAAAGAUACUACAUUCAGUACUUGUGUGGCUAUGAUGCUAUUGCACUAAACCAGCUGAUCCAGAGUUUGCAAAAUCUCCCAGAAGAUGAGUCUGUCAUCCUCUCCUCAAUGUGCAAUGAAAUUGGGAAUCUUUCAGUCAAACAAGAGGAAGGCGCAACAUUUGACUUCCGAGGCAUCCGCCUGGAUUGGUUCCGACUUCAGGCCUAUUCCACGUCAAAUCGCUCAGGGUUGCACCUCAAAGACCACAGGGAACUGACAGCUCUCAUCAACCAGAUUGUUUUCCACACCAAGAUGGUUGAUUUCCUGGAUGAAAUGUUGAUAGAAACAUCCGACCUUUCCAUAUUCUGCUUUUUCAGUAAACAGUUUGAGGAUAAUUUCCACAUGUGCUUGGAGUUUCCAGCCCAGAAUCGUUAUAUUGUCUGCUUUCCUCUAAUAUGUUCACAUAUGCAAGCCUGUACCCAUGAGAUCUGCCCUGAGGAGCGUUAUCACAUACGAGAAAGGAGCCUGUCAGUGGUCAAUAUGUUCCUAGAGGAGAUGGCAAAGGAAGCCAAGAAUAUUAUAACAACCAUCUGUGAUGAACAGUGCAUUCUCUCUGACAAGCUCCUGCCAAAGCACACUGUUCCUCUCCUUAUUCAUAAAAAGAAAGAGAAAAAGAAGAAAAAGGAGGACACAACAGAGGGGCGGCCAGGCUUUGAGAGCUACAGAAAAACUAGAGAGGAAUUGACAACGAUGGACAAGUUGCAUAUGGCCUUGACAGAGCUUUGUUUUGCAAUUAACUACUGCAGUCAGAUCCAGGUUUGGGAAUACACCUUUGCGCCAAGAGAAUAUCUCUACCAGCACUUGGAACAAAGGUUUGCACGGGCAUUGGUGGGGAUGGUCAUGCACAACCCAGACACCAAUGAGAUUGCCAAACCAUCAGAGCUUUUAGCAAGUGUCAAGACUUACAUGAGUGUGUUGCAGACUGUUGAAAAUUAUGUCCACAUAGACAUCACAAGGGUGUUCAAUAAUGUCCUCCUGCAGCAGACACAGUUGCAGGAUAGCCAUGGUGAAAAGACCAUCACAGCCCAUUAUAAUACAUGGUAUUCUGAGAUACUCCUCCGACGAGUUAGUGCAGGCCACAUUGUGUUCUCAGAAAAUCAGCGUGCCUUUGUGUCGUUAACAGCAGAAGGAGCUCAGCCAUUUGCGGCGGAAGAAUUUUCCGAUAUCAAUGAGCUUAGAGCUUUGGCAGAACUAAUUGGACCCUAUGGGAUGAAAGCACUAAAUGAGAAUUUGAUGUGGCACAUUGCCAAUCAAGUGCAAGAAUUGAAGAAAUUGGUGAUCUUAAAUAAAGAGGUUCUGCUCUCUAUGAGAACUAACUUCGACAAGCCAGAUCAAAUGAAGGAAUUGUUCAAGAAGUUGCAGCAGGUGGAUAGUGUCCUGUCACGCAUGCAGAUCAUCGGAGUGAUUCUCUGCUUCCGACAGCUGGCUCAGGAAGCCUUGGCAGACAUUCUUGACAACCGCAUUCCCUUCCUCAUGUCAUCCAUAGCAGACUUCAAGCAUCAUGUUCCAAAUGGUGACACAAUGAUUGAGAACAUAAAGCUACAGCUUGUGAACGAGAUGUCUUCAGCCGCUGGCCAUCCAUGUGAGGUUGACCCAGCCCUUGUCAAUGUCUUGCGAUCUCAUAAGAAUGAGGUACCUGAUGAGGAAUUCAUCAUUACAUGCUUGUUGAUGGUAUUUGUUGCAGUUUCCAUUCCGAAACUAGCACGGAUGGACAACACAGUAUACAAACCAGCUUAUGGUGCCCAUGCCAACAACUCCCAUUGUCUGGCUCAGGCAGUAAAUACACUUUUUGCUGCUCUCUUCACCUAUUGUGGGCGAGCGCAGGACAUUGAGGAGAGGUUGAAGGAGUUCUUGGCUCUGGCUUCCUCCAGCCUCCUCCGCCUAGGACGAGAGAAUGACAAGGAUGUUAUAAAGAACAGGGAUGCAACAUACAUCUUAUUACAUCAGAUUGUAGUGCAGUCACCCUUCCUAACCAUGGACCUUCUGGAAGCAUGCUUCCCCUAUGCCCUCAUCCGCAAUGCCUACCACACAGUACACAAGGCAGAGCAGUAGAUGAUGGGUUAGAAACCAUUUUUAAAGAAUUACCUGAAUGUUCAUUCCCUCUCUUUCUUGUACCUUCUCCUCUCCCUUUCACUCUCUUUCCCAUUCUCACUUCUUCCAUCCUUUCCUUCUCCCCUUCUUUCCUCUGACCUGACCUGAGUUUUAUUUAGUCGAUGUAUAUGAUAGUCAAAGGUUAAUAUUACUUUUAGUAUUACCAAACUUUAGUUAUUUUCAUGUUGUGGCACAAGAGUCCAUAUGCAAAGUCAGAUUAUGUUGCCUUGCACAAAUUCAUUGGUAAUCCAUCAUACGAUUCACAAAUUCUUAGGUGAUUAUGUUGAUAUUUAGCUGUUUUUGUUUAAUCAUUAGUUAGUUGUUUAUGAUUUUGAGAAAUCUCAUUUGAAGUGUGGCAAAAGGAUAGUGCUGGAAGUCAUGACUGAUGCUAUUAUUUUUGCUUAAUUAAAAUUUUCUUGGGAACUUGAUUAUUUACAUUUUAUCCAAGAUUAAGAUACAAAGGAAAAGAUUGAGUUACGGUGUGAUGGAUGUGUUUUUUUUUCUUGUGGGGUCAUAAUACAAGCAAAAGAAAGUGAUGUUAAAAGAUAAGUAAAACAAUAUCAAGUCCCAGCCAUUCAGAUGUGGUAAUUACCUUUCAUUGCACUGACUUGUGAUGAGGAUAUAUGAUAUAGUGCCUCUUAUUUUGGCCAUUAUUUUUGUAUCUGAAGUCCACCAGUGAGCUUAGGAUAGUAUAUAGCAAAGCUGUUUAAUGAAAGGAUAUAAGACAAUAUAUAUUGUACUUGUGAUGGUCUUUUCCCACAUCAAAAUUCAUUUGCAAGGCAGAACAUUUUCAUUUGGUUCCUCUAUCAUUUUAGGGAAAUAUUUUGUGUUAUAAAGUUAUUAAAAGGUGUCUAAGUUAUCACUGAUAAUGAUACUGAAACUUAAGUUAUACCCCCAUGCAGCCUUAGCCAUUGUCAGUGCUGUGAGAGAUAUUACUGCAUUCUGAAUUUGUUUGAAAAAGGUAAUGUGUAAGCAGGUUGUCAAGUGUGUAGAUAAUUGAUUUUAAUGACCUGUCAUUGGAUAUAUUUAUAACAAAGCAUUAUAUAUAUGCAGAUUUUUAAAUGUUUCUCCUGUGUUCAUGUCAUAAUAAAGAUAAAACAUGGCAUAGUAUCUUUGCCAAAUAUGAUUGUCACAAACAAGGAAGAUACCAGUGUCAUUUGUUUUUAAAAUAUAUAUUUAAAUCUGCAGUGGAGACACUCAAAUUUUUAUCAUUCUGAAAAUUUAGUCAGAUGGCAUGAAAUGCACAAAAGCAACAGGCAGUGAAAUUUUAUAGUACAAAUAUGCUUUUUUUCAAUAGAUUGUGGAUUCUUAAUUCAAGACUUGUUUUAUCAGCAUGUGACAAAUGUGGUGGCAAAGGUGUAAGGAAAGUCUAGAUUUUUCUUGAGUUUAUAUUGCAUUAUGUUUAUUAGUUUAAAUUACUGUUUCAAUCAUAAUUUAUUUUCCUUCUAGCCAUGAAUCUUAAUGAGAGAACUGUCAUUGUAAUGUGUGGUAUUGUGCCCUUGAUAAUGUAUUUCAUCUAAUGAUCAUAGUAAAUAGAUCUUGUGUUCAUUUGUGUUCACUUCCAGAUAAUGAAAGGCUAGGCUCAAUCUGCUUGUUAUUUCACAGUAGACAAUAUGACCUAUGGCAGUUACUGUCAACAAGUGUUAAUCAUUAGCAUCACUAAUGCUAUGAGGUUUAUUUUAUAUAUUUUUUACAGGAACAUUUAUCUUAACAUUACAAUGCUGACAAUAGAUGUUUGUAGACUUCAUGAAUUUGUAUUCUUAUUAUGAAUCGCCUUGCUGUAGAUGCCCGUGCCCUUUAAACCACAAGACUUCUUGCAAACAAAGCAAAAUGUACCAAUUUACACAAUCUUGAAUUUCACUAUCUAGCUUAAGUGUAUAUGUAUGUAUAUAAGUAUAGUAAGUAUGCACUACUAGUUGAUACUUGUGAGUUGGUAUGCCUUCAAUAGUCUGUUUGUUAUUUCUGCAUUUUUUAGGAGAUAUUAUUUCAUCUUUUGAGUAUAUUGAGGAAGAUUAAUAAAAAAUUCCAUGUGAUGAUUCAAACUUCACCAAACAAAGGAUUAAAUUAGAAAAGUUCAAGGGUGAUGAGAACUCUGGUUAAUAGAAUCUGUAUGCAGAUGUGGUUAUAUCAUGUGCAAUUGUAUUAUUGCAAGCAUGAGAAAUUUUGAUUCCAUUUAGGUGCUCCAGCUUUGUUUGCAAAAAAAGAACAAAAAAAAUGAAUUGAAAAAAAAAAGAAUAAAAUAAAAUACAGUAUACCAAACAUUCUUUAUUGGUAAGAGACAGUUUCCCAAUCCCAGUUAAUGUUGGGGUCUAUAAGGAUAUGUUUUGUAAAGUUUAUGUAUAUGGUAUUAUCUGUGCUUCUAUAAACUUGGUUUAAGUAUUAGUUUUCAGAAUGAUACAAUCAGUGACUUGGGCUUAGAUUUUGGAAUCUUUCCUCUCAUUCUAAAGCAUUAAAUUUUGCUUUUAGGAGGAUUUUCCAAAGCUCACAGUGACCUGUAUGUGUCAUGGUAAUCAAAAGCUGACUUGAAUUUUGUAGACUAUAAGGAAUUUUAGAGCAGGAUUUCAUAUAUUAUUCUUUUAUAUGUAUUUAAUUGUCUGAAAGAAAAAAACAAAACAAAAAUAUUGUAUAUGUCUCGUGCUUGACAUAGCUCUAAAUUUUGGCUGUGCCUCACAUAGGAAAGUUGUGUUUUGUAGAAAAUUUUGAUUUCAAACUCAUAAUUGUGAGGUUCACUAGUGACCAUUUUGUAUGACAAUUAAGAGUCAUUAUUUGAUAGGGUGUGAUAACAAAAGAUUUCCCUAGACAGUUAAGAUUGCCAUCUUUGUCGCUCAAUAGAAGUAUGGUCUUAUUGCUGUUUACUGUAGAAUUUAUAUUCAAGCCUUCUAUGCAGUGGUCUAAGAAGUCAGCUUUUGAAUAUAACCAAAGGAUGAAUAAAUUUUGAAUUACCUUUA